UAUGGGCUUAGCCCAAAAGAAGGAGCUCCGGCAAAGUGAAGAAAAAUACUAAAAUAGCCUUAUCGACGGCGGCGAACGGCGAAGUUGAUACUGUGAGGAAAUGUCAAGCCAAAGAGGUGAAGAAGAUCACGCUGCGGAAGAAGAAAGAGGAAGAAGAACACCCCUUCUUGUUCAUGAUCAUGAUUCCUCAAUUCUCAUUCUUCAUCAAAACGAAGACACCAUCGUUCCUUUACCACCCGAUCAUAAACCUUCACCCUCUCUUUCCGUUCCCAGUCAACGCCUCGCUUCUCUCGAUGUCUUCCGCGGCUUAACCGUUGCGUUGAUGAUUUUAGUUGAUAAUGUGGGAAGAGCUUUUCCAUCUUUGAAUCAUUCUCCAUGGUUUGGGCUCACGCUUGCUGAUUUUGUGAUGCCGUUUUUCCUCUUUGGGGUUGGCGUUUCAAUCGCUCUGGUAUUCAAGAAAGUCUCUAGCAAACCAAAUGCCACAAAGAAAGUCAUAUCAAGGACAAUUAAGCUUUUCCUUUUGGGGCUGUUGCUACAAGGUGGCUAUUUCCAUGGGCGCGGCCAUUUAACUUAUGGAGUUGAUUUAAGCAAGAUACGCUGGCUUGGUGUACUUCAGAGGAUAGCUAUUGGGUAUUUCUUUGCGUCUACAUCAGAGAUUUGGCUAGUGAACAAUAAUAUUUUGGUUGACUCACCAGCAGCUUAUGCGAGGAAAUACUCCAUUCAGUGGAUGUUUUCUAUCUUACUUUGCUCAGUGUACCUUUGCUUGCUCUAUGCCCUCUAUAUUCCAGAUUGGAAGUUCGAACAUUCUAACUUUCUUCGAAAUGUUCAUUGUGGAGUGAGGGGCAGUCUUGAACCUCCUUGUAAUGCUGUGGGAUUUAUUGAUAGAUUAAUUCUUGGUGAAAAUCAUAUAUACCAGCGUCCUGUGUAUAGAAGAACAAAGGAGUGCAGUGUUAAUUCACCUGAUUAUGGACCCUUGCCUCCAGAUUCACCUGGAUGGUGUCUUGCACCAUUUGACCCAGAGGGUAUAUUGAGUUCACUGAUGGCUGCCAUUACAUGUUUCAUGGGACUGCAAUUUGGGCACAUACUUGUAAUUUUUCAGGGUCACAAGCAGAGGAUACUUCUUUGGUCUGUGUUUUCCUUCUUUCUAUUGCUGAUUGGAUAUGUUCUGGAGAUUUUAGGAAUUCCUUUAUCAAAAGCUCUGUACACAUUAAGCUACAUGUGCGUCACUGCAGGAGCAUCAGGCUUGGUCUUGACUGCUAUCUAUUACAUUGUUGACAUAGGACAUUUUAGAAAGCCUACAGCUUUACUACAAUGGAUGGGAAUGAAUGCUCUUAUUGUAUACGCAUUGGCUGCUUGUGAUAUAUUCCCGUUAGUUAUCCAGGGUUUCUAUUGGCAUUCUCCUGAAAAUAACUUGGUUGAUGCCAGUGAAACUUUACUACAGAACGUAUUUCAUUCUGAAAAGUGGGGUACACUGGCCUUUGUAAUAGUUGGGAUUUUAUUCUGGUGUCUUUUUGCUGGUUUCCUUCACAAGAAAGGGAUAUAUAUAAAAAUGUAACAGAUGACAUAAUCAUGCAAGAGACCAUAGGCUGUACAUCUACGAUGUUCCUCGUUGUAGAUAAUAGAUAUCUUCCUUUAGAAACCAGCAAUACUUUUUUAACAAAUACACAUCUUGUUGGUUACCUUUGUUGAUUCUCCUAAAGCCUGCCAAAGUUGUUUUUCUCA